AUGUGUCUUGUCAAACGUGGGUUACCACAAAAUGGUGGCGGUGGCGGCGAAUUCGUUCUUUGUUGUUCUACUUUUUUCAAAAGAAAGUGUUGCGUAAGUAUGGCUUGUGUAACCGGUGACGACACUGGAUUGGUAAAAGUUUGGAACAUCUCGAAGAGUACUGGGGCCACGUUGUCUUUUUCAUAUGGUGAACAAAGCAGAAAAAGAGGUAUUGCCGGUAUGUGUUGGGUGGACAGCUCGACAACAAGGGUUGCCUUUUCUAUGAAUGAUGGAGUUCUUUCAAUAUUGGAUCUGAGCGAACGCGCUGUUACUUUAUCGAAGAAAGUCGGUGUAUUUUCCGCUUUGUCGAACAGUUUGUGUUCGUACAAAGGGAAAAUUCUCGUCGCGUCUGGUAGUGGAAAAGUUUUAUUAACAACUCCGGUUCUAGAGGCAGCAGACACUAUCGAAUGCGGUGGUCCCGUUGAGGCAUUUCACUUCCACCGCAGGUAUGGUAUGUGGUCCAUGGGAGGGAAGGGGAACGACAUGUGCGUUUACGACCUUAAUUCGCAGGAUGUUGGGACGCCUGUGUUUCGUGCGCAGAAUGUGAGGGAUCAUGUUUUAGAUGUACCGUAUCCUGUAUAUGUAACAGGGACGUGUGUAAUUAACCCAUUCGUAUUUUGCACAACCACUGCAUAUCACCAGGUGCGUUUUUACGACCGUCGAAGUAGCGAGAGACCGAUACAAGAGUUUGAAAUUAGUCGAGAGAUCGAGCGAAGGCCAACAACUCUUUUACAGUGGAACUGCAACAAAUUUCUUAUUGGUGAAGCGAGUGGUGAUGUUCAUUUGUAUGAUACCAGACGGGGGUUCGCAUCGAGAGCCAAGUUGCGUGGAGGCGUUGGGAGCGUUCGGAGCAUGGCCAAGCACCCAUCUGGACACCAGAUUCUUGCCGUUGCUGGUUUGGACAGAAAGGCGCGGUUAUACCACGUUCCGACAGGGAAGCUUCUUAUGACAAUGUACACGAAGCAAAGGACUACGAGUGUUCUCCUUGACAAGGGAAUACCACUCAAAGAUAAUACAGCAGUGUACAGUAACGUGGCAAAUUCUAAACAGCCCAGUAAGUUGAACGGCAUCGGCGACGAGGUUUGGGACAACAUGGAUCCUGUUGUCGAUGAUAUCAACUGGCAGCAGUAA